ACGAUGGCGCCCGCCGCUCGCCGUGUGCCUCCUGCUGCAGCUGCCGCCGUGCUCGUCCUAGCGCUGGCCGCGGCCGGCGUCGCCGGGCACGCCACCGAGAAGACGAAGCGGCAGAUCUUCCGGGAGCAGGUGUUGCCGCACACCGGAGGCAAGAUUCCGUCGGGGGCUUUCCGGGCUGACCGGCUGGUGCUGAACAGGCUCAACAAGGAGGGCAUCGCCGUGCCAGACGGCAUCUUGCUGGACGCCCGCAAGCGCCAUAAGGACCCCUCGCAGCGCGGAGGGUCCGACCUGGAGGCCGCCGUCGUGAAGGUGACGCUGACGGACGACGGGCGAUACACGGCUCCCGAGGGCCGGCUGCACGCCACGCACCCGGAGACCGUCGACUCGACGUACAUCAUCCGGCCGCCCUUCAAGGGCUUCGGCCGCCAGCAAGGGCUGUGGCCGCAGAGGCCGCGACCUGCGCACAGCUUCGCCGUCCCAGCCAGCCGCCCGCUGCAGCAGCCGCCGCCGCCGCCCCAAACGCUCUACGGCCGACCGGCGGCGGCGUGGGCCCCCCGCGCCUUCCCGCGGUUGUCGGACUCCGAGGCGGACGCCAGCUUCAGCUGCGCCGGCCGCUCGCCGGACCGCCUCUACGCAGACCUGCGGUCGCGCUGCCAGGGCUUUCACGUGUGCCAGAGGGACGGACGGCGGGAUUCGUUCCUGUGUCCUCGCGGUACAGCCUUCAACGAGCUGACGGAGCAGUGCGACUGGUGGCAUAACGUCAGGUGCUUCUGAACCUGCGGGAGCAUUCAGUUCAGCCGUUGCCUGCAGCUUAUCCAUCACUACCUCACGGUGGAACACUCAUACGACAUACAAUAGAAACCACGUUCCACCCUUUCGCUUCUCCUCACCUCUCCAGUUCCACCAACUUUUCAUAUACUGGACGUGCCCUUAAAAUAUUUUUUUUUCGACUUCAUUUCAGGGCACAGUGCAUACGUCAUGGAAUUCAUCGUCAUAUCAACAUCAGUCUUCAAGAUUAUAUAAGCCUCGUCAUUUUUCAGUAGUUCACUUUUUGUUCUAUUCGCAACAUCUUAUUUCAUAUAUUAUAAUAAUUGUUCGUUAUCUGGUAGCACAACAGUGUUUGUUUGCGUGCGUGGGCGGUCAUUAAUCGCUUCCAUAGUCCCAUUAAUUUCAUUAAUAAGUACCGGAAGACUGUAUGAUUAAACGUGAUAUUAAAAAAAUGCUACAAGAAUUUAAAAUACGCUUAUCCAUCUCGUAUUCUUCAGCUUCCAUUUAAUGUAGGUAAUUUCUCAUUUGAUUCAAUAACUGUAUGAAAUGCAGGCAAAUUAGACUGUUCAAAAGAAGGUAGCGAAGACUCUGUAACUGUAGAUUGUCAGCCCACAAAUUGAACGACAUGACAAAUAUUUACCCGUCUAAUGUUUACGAAAUCCUAUAUAAUGAUUAUCGUUUACAGAUAACUUUUUUCCGUUAACAAAUCGAAAAGAAGGUACAUUUGUUUGUAUUUUGACACGAGCAGCUACCAACUCCGUUUCCUCCGUGGUUAAAAUCGCAACUUCUCAAUACGGAAUGGUUUUAGUUGAACCUGGUUCGGAAUGCUAUUCCGUACUGAUUAUCACUGACCAUUUCACUGUCUUAAAAAAUACUAAUUUAUGUUUACUGUCUCAUGUUGUUAUUGUUACGCCCAGUUUUAAGCCGAGUGAAACACAAAUACAUGUGAACACAGUGGAGAAACAUUGUUUGAAAAUAGGAGCUUCUUCAGAACUCACAUUUUUCCGAAGUAAUCACAUUUAACUCACUGGAAGAAAACAAAGACUUCUGUUUCCAUUUAACGUUCACUCUCGGGAGCACGGGAGAACGUUUUAUGUUCUCAAAGUGUAUCAUGAAUGUGACAAAGGGUGUCCUUGAUUAUCAAUGGGACUCAGCACUCAAGACUAAAUGACUGCCAUAGAUAAAUUAAGGUUUCUCGCAGUCCAAAGUAUGUACAUGUUACCACCUAUCUGUGGUAACAAUAUCUGCUAGCUCUAAGAAACAAAUUACUGAAACUGCUAGUACCGCGGAAGACCAUAAAAUACUUGUUGUACAGUGCUGGCAGCCACGUCGUUCCAGAUUAACACUUCGUGUUGUUAUAGUUGAAUCCCAGUGGAAGAAAUGACGUAUUUAUAUCUAAUUGCCACAAAUAGGCUAUGGCCCAUCGUGCCUCUCGAAACGUCGCGUCAAGAAGAGGACCACAAACUAUUGUGCCAAUCACUUCGUAAGUUCACAUAGUUAAUGAAAUAAAUUAUAAAAACAGAGAAGAGUCAAUGAAACAAAUGGGUGAUGGAGCAGCAUGCCGAAAUAAAAGAUAUAUCUAAUGGACUCUAUGCAAGUUAACACGGUGAUCUAAGAAUGGAAUAGAAGAAACUAAUUCUACACUUCCUGGAUCACUGUUUUUAUUUGUGACGAUGUCGCAGCUUGUAUUCUCAACAUGUCAUACGAAAUACCUGAAAACUGUGUGCCUGAUUAGGACUCGAAACAAGAUUCCUACAUUUCGCAGGCAGUGCAAGAAACAUGAAUUCACAUGGAUCAGAACAGUGCUGAAGUUUAGGGAUAAACAGUAAUAAUAUACCCAAAUAUUAAGAAUUAAAAUGUAUUCCGCCAAUUUAUUCAGUCUGCAAAAUAUUUUUUAACCUGUGGCAUUAUUAGGGGUACUAAAAAAAUUGCUUUUAAAACAAGUGUAUGAAAUCAUGAACAAUUUCCGGUAGAUAUAUAAAAGAAAAAAAUGCAUUGAUUAGCAGGUUGAAUGAUAGUGAAAUUUAUUGAUUUUUAACUUUUAGACCUGAUUUAUCUGCUUCUGAAUUCAGACCUGGAACAUAAUUUGGCAAGUCCUCACUAAAAUGUCUCAAGGUUAUGUAAAAGGUAAUUGGCUAGUAAGUUACAAUUUGCAUUUGCCACAUAACACACAUAGACAUCGAAGACGCUAUUACGAAUGCCAAAUAAUUCUUUAUUUAUUCUCAAACUCGUACACAGCUCUGAAACCGGCUGCUGCAGAAGAAUCCUUUGUAAGACAAUAGAGGGCGCGACGUUUCGUGUUUAGGAUGGAAAGAUGGUUGGAUGUUAACGGUUAUUUAGUUUGCAUUAAUAAUUUUGCUGAAAGUUCUCCAAUUAUUACACAAAACAGUAAAUAAUAACUCGUCUAUACGAAUGUUCAGACGAUACUGCUACACGUUUCUCGUGUGCGUCGGAAUUUUUCCACUGUCGGCGCACUCUGUGUGAAGCUGAAUGUGUCGACACUCAGAAUAAUGUCCUUCUUCACCCUUCGGUACCUGAAAGUGGUUUUCCCGUACGGCGGAGAUUUUCACACAACGAAAAUACAAGUAUUUUCUGGAGUUUUGGGCUGACAGUCUUGAACACUCACGUGCGUUUGUAGUAUCUCUCUCAGAACUAUUGACUGUAUUAUUUUCAAACAAUUUCGGCAGAAAUAUUCUAGCAUAUAGCUGUUAAAAUGUAUACUAAACUAUCUGAGACUUGUGAAAACAUGUAUGUUAUUUCCCAGCAUUGUUCAUCUAUUCCAUUAGCGAUUUUUGGCAACAUUAAUUCCAAACCUGUUCGUCAACACUACCUAAAUUUGGCAACCUAACAGAAUGGCGCUCCACAGGACAAACCGCUCUUGUGCGCUGUGCCUUAAUCAGCAUCACGAUACUUACAUUCAUCUUGUGGAAAGGCAGCAUACUAUGUACGAUCAGCUAUACGAAUGUAUACAAUAACCAUUUCAUUUUCAUUUUUAUAUUGUUCUUUUUUUAUACUUUGUAUGUGUAUAUUUGUAGUAAAAAUAAAAAAUCUAAUUGAAAU